AUGGCACAUUGCGGCAUAUCGAUCGUGGGUUCAUCGAAACGUAUAACAGGAGAAAAAAUUUCGAAACCACAUGAUUUCCCAUGGAUCGUAGUACUAUUAAACGCAGGAUCUGUUCAUUGCGGCGGAGCAUUGAUAAACGAUCGAUAUGUAUUAACAGCAGGCCAUUGUGUUAGAUGGACGAAAGUAAAUGAUAUAACCGUAGGAUUAGGUGUUUACGACGUAGACGAUCCAAACGAUGGAUACAUUGUGCCUAUCGACAAAAUGAUUUUACAUGAAAAUUUUACAAGUAAUAUUAUACAUGACAACAACGACAUCGCAUUAAUCAAAUUAAAAAACGUAGUAGAGUACAACGCUUAUGUGCAACCAAUUUGCUUUCCCAAUAAAGAUGCCAAUUACACUGGACAAAAAGUCAAGGUAACAGGAUGGGGAACAGUUGCUGUUAACGGAGCAACUUCACAAUUUCUUCGUGAAACUAAUUUGAACGUAUUAUCAUUGAAUACUUGUAAGAACACUUCUAUUGGCAAGUAUUUAACAAAUUCUGUAAUAUGCGCUUACAGUGAUAAUACGGAUGCUUGUCAGGGCGAUAGCGGUAUCAUUUCAUGGGGAUUGGGUUGUGCUAACAAAGACGUACCUGGUGUAUAUGUAAAAAUUACGGAUUAUUUAAAUUGGAUAAAAGAACAUACUGCCGAUGCUGUUUAUUGUAAAAAUUAA